UUUGCACACACCGUCAAAUUAUGAGAAUCCCGCUACGGAACAUCUCGCUAUUGAGGGUAUUCUCAAUGAGCGGUUGGAUGUUAUCUAAGCAGCAUUUUUUGCUUACAGGGGAUCCGGGCUCCCAAUAUCGAUAUCCAGAAAAUUAGCUUGACAACAACACUAGCAGUGUCAGCUCUCAUCAUGGCCGGCAGGGGGAGAAAGAGCGGCACCGCCGGCAAGAAACGUAAAAAGAAAAUCCGAGACCACGAGCAUCUCUCCCCACUUAUUUCUCUCGUGGCCUCCGCUACCACCGCUGCUCACUCCUUCCUCACCCAAAACGAUCUCCACCUCCACCCAUCCCAAACCCUCUCUCUCGAAUCAAAUGUUGCCUCCACUGCUCUCUCCCUUACCAAACUCAACUCUCUCUUCGAAGCCCUCAAUCCUUCCACAACCGUUACAACUCUGAUCUCUCCUCUUUCUUCUUCGCCUUCCUCAUGUUGGUUCCAGCGCUUCCUUUCUGCCGCCUCCGACGACUCUGAUCCCAGAUGGGUUGAAGUCUUUCGGAUGUCCAAGCCCUCAUUCACUUUCCUCCUCGAAACCUUGUCCCCUUCUCUGCGUAAUUCAUUCUCCACUACCUCUCCUGAUUACGUCCUUGGAGCUGCACUUUUCCGGUUGGCUCACGCCGCUCCAUUUAAGUCCGUGGGGAGGCGAUUUGGUCUUGACUCAGCUGGUUCCUGUCGUGCUUUCUACACGGUCUGUAAGUUGGUGAACAACCAGCUUUCUCAUUUACUUGAGUUAACCUCUGAUUUUAAGAGAAUUACUGAAGGGUUUAGUUGGAUUUCACUCCCAAACUGUUUUGGCGUUCUGGGGUUCAUUAAAUUUCAUAUUGACGGAGAUGGGUUGGGGAAGGAUGGGGCCAUCAUUGUACAGGCGUUGGUGGAUUCUGAAGGUAGGUUCUUGGACAUUUCUGCUGGUUGGCCGAGUUCAAUGAGUCCAUACACCAUUUUACGCCAGACGAAAUUCUUUUUGCGGGUUGAAGAAUCCAAGGAGCUGUUGAAUGGGCCUCCCUCUGAGCUGAGUGAGGGCAAUUUGGUUCCUCAAUAUGUAUUGGGGGACUCUUGCUGUCCUCUUUUACCUUGGCUUAUCACACCUUUCAGCAAGCCAAGCAAGGAUGAUUCAAAUUCCAUGGAAUUGGCAUUUAAUUCUACUCAUAAUCGUGGAAUGGAAUUGGUUAGUAAGGCAUUUGCGAGAGUGAGGGCACGUUGGCGGCUUCUUUCUGUGAACUGGAAAGAAAAAUGCAUGGAGUCCUUCCCAUUUGUUAUUGUUACUGGUUGUCUUCUGCAUAAUUUUCUUGCCAAGCAGAGUGAGCCGCUACCAGAUGAAACUGAGGAUUAUUUGAUGGAGCAGAAAUUUCCUCUAUUUGAUGGGCAGGGAAAUGAGAGUGGAGAGAGGGUCAGAGCUGCACUUGCCUCGCACUUGAGUCUUGUAAGCCAAAGGAGAUAAAUACUACAUGCCAAUUAUCAGUUGUUUUUGCCUUUUACUAGGUCUGUAAAUAUAGAUGUGUUGCAGUUGUAUAUGCUUCUCUGGUACUUUUAGUUAGUUCUUCUUGAAUGUGUUCCUUCACUUAUUUUGCUUUUCUGCUCAUCUUGUUUGUUAUAUUCUAGAGGAGAAAUUUGGCAUAUUUCCAAAUUUUUAGAGCUUGAUCUAAUCUCACCUUCUAGAACUAUUAGAAGUUGAAUGUUUUCGUCUGUUAGUCUGCAUUUGUUAUUGCAAGAGCAUAUUCUUUUUUAGCUACUGAAAGUGCAUUUGGUGUA